ACCACAAUUUAGAGACAUAACUGACUUUCGUAAAUUUCUACGAAUUUCUUAUACUUCUGGUUCUUUAGUUCGUGAAGUUAACCUAUCACAUUUACCUCACCGGUGGACCGCCAUCACAGACCCUGAUAUUAUUAACCUA